UCUCCGCGCGAGGCAGACAGCGCGCCCCGGAUUAAACAAAUACGGUCCUUAUUUACUCCUAAAAUAAGAUUAAAAAUAGCGUGCAAUUUAUCAGUGUUCUCAUAGUGAUAAUCUGCGCACGCGCCGGUCACCCAUCACUCAGUCAGCCGCAGACCGUUGGUACAGACGUAUCACCCCCGUGUUUUAAAUAAAAAUAAUUACCGUGUCUAGAAAAAACCUACAAUAAAUACAAAAGUACAGUCAACAUCAAAAACUUAUAUCUUUUCAGAAACACGUGCAAUAUAGACAAUCGAAUAAAAAGUGACAGUGUAGUGCAACGAAAAAAAAACUUUAAAACCUCAAAAUGAUGACGAUCAGCGAAAGUCAGUUUUCUUCAAAUAAAAUGUCGAGUAUCCACAAGAUUAACGAUAGGAUCAUCCAUAAGGAUAGCUUCGAUGACACCAAGAGUUCUUCGAGCGUGAACAGCACCCUCAUCACGAAGAGGGGGUUCAAGCCCUCCGAUAUGUACGACCCUCAGAAGAAGGAGUUCCUCACAAACCUCAGUUAUAAGUUGUUCCCUGUAAGUUGGAACGAUGCAGAAAUAUCCCGGGACACCGAGUUAUUGGAGCCCAUGGACUGUCUCACUGAGGACAUGGAAAACAAGCCUAUUCUACUAGGAGAGAAAGAGGUGGACCUGAACAAGAUCUUCACACCAGCGCCUGAUGCUGAAGAACACAUCAUCAAGAAGGACCGCAAGUUUGAGAAAACAUUCGCAUCAUCAGCAUUCUACGUGCCAGGAGUGCAUCCUACAGUAAAAGAGCAGAUGGACCUAGCCAGAGCCAUCUCCAAGUCCCUGAGCGACUCCAGCAACCACAUGAGCAGAGGACAGAGCAUGUACGUGAACAGGAAGAAGAGAUCGGUCAAGUGGGUGCAUGAAGGACGAGGUCGAAACACAUCGAACGCCUGCUCCACACCGACGCCCGUUGCGAACCACGACACACCGUACCGCCCGCCAUCUAGUUUACGCAACCAGAAAACAUAUCCCAAGUCGGCACUUAAACACUCCAGCAACUUGCCGAAAAUGGAGCCGUUCCCGAUCUCUCCUCCAACGAUCACGGUACAGAAUAUAGAUGUACCUGUCCCAUUGGCACCUACUAAGUUAAAUGAUGUCUAUGCUUCACCUAAGAGCCCAAGAUUGCCACUAGUUUCGGGACCGAACUUCAACGUAGCGCCGCGCGGCUGGGGCGAGAUGAAGGAUUACUACCGGCCAGUCGUUCUAGAUGGCGUUGGUGCAUCAAUACAAUAUACGGAUUUUUAAAAUUAUUUAAUUACGUUUUUGUUAAAUAAUUUUAAGACCAAACUAUUUAUGGAUAUGUCACGUUUUUAUUUGAAAUUUUCUAUAAAAUGUUAAUUUAAUCGUUUCUAUCUGAUGUCUUUGUGGGAUCUUAUUUAGAUUUCUAUUCAUAACAUAUUUUACUUAAAAAUAAGUGCAGCACAAUGACUUUCCAUUCUUUUUGUGCAGUGUUUUCAAAUAUUAUAAAAUUACGAAUAAUAUUAUUUAAACUAUUUACGAAAUAAGCAUUUUAAUGAUACAUCUAUGGAUUAUGACUAGAUUUAUAGCUGUAUUUUAAAUGUAGACUAUAAUAUUUUGUAUACAUACUUACUUAGUCGAGUCCUAGUCAUAUUUAAGAUAAUAAUUAAUGAAAUAAGUCUAUGUAAUACUCAAUAGUGCCUUGUAAUUUAUGAAUAUCUAACCAAAGAUCUGUUGUAGGCAAUUAAGUAUAAAUAGACAUAUUUAAUUACCUUUACAAAGUAAAUACUAGGUAUUAGUGAGUGUAAAAAUAGUUUUAAUAAUUUUUAUACAAUAUUAAUAAAUGGUACGAGGAUAGUACCUAUUUCGUACUUAAAAUAAUAAAUGAAAAAAAUAUUAUUCUUAAAAAAAACUAUUUUAAAAUAGACUAAUGUUGCUAGUCGAUAAAAAUAACGGUUUUAAUAUUACGAAUACGUUGUUUAAGUUAAUGUAAUGUAACAUUAUUUUAUGGAAAGUUGUAUUUAUUUGGUCUGUACAGCAUUGUGUACGUGGAGGUCAAUAAAGUACGUCGAAAACU